AGAGUGUCGGCCUCUCUUCGAUUUUUCUUUUCCUUUGUUUCCUCUCUCUAUAACCACCAUGGGUAAAUCCUAUUUAGCUGGCAACUUUGGUUUUAUGGCUUCGACAAUGCUGCUCUUUGGCCUGCUAGUGGCCUCCCUACGUACCACAAGUGCCCAAGUAGGUGUUUGUUAUGGAAUGCUUGGCAACAAUUUACCUCCAAGGCCAGAAGUUAUAGCUCUCUUCAACCAGAGGAACAUCAGAAGAAUGCGACUCUAUGGUCCAGACAAACCUGCUCUCGAAGCUCUUAGAGGCUCCAACAUUGAGCUGAUGCUAGGCGUUCCCAAUGAUAAGCUUGAGGGUCUCGCUGCCAACCAAGCCAAUGCAAACGCCUGGGUCCAGGAUAACGUCAGAAACUAUGGUAACGUUAAAUUCCGCUACAUUGCUGUUGGAAAUGAAGUCAAACCUUCAGAUCCAGCUGCACGAUUUGUAGUCCCUGCCAUGCAAAACAUUCGCAAUGCAAUUGUUGGAGCUGGCCUGGGGAACCAAAUCAAAGUUUCCACAGCAAUCGACACAGUGACCCUCGGAGAAUCUUUCCCUCCAUCAAAAGGGUCUUUUAGGCCUGAUUACCGACCACUUCUCGAUCCCAUCAUUCGCUUCCUGGUGAACAACAAAGCCCCAUUACUUGUUAACUUGUAUCCGUAUUUUAGCUACGAUGACAACUCGGAUAUCCAUCUGGACUAUGCUCUCUUCAAAGCUCAAAAUCCUGUAGUCUCAGAUCCUCCCUUGCAAUAUCGUAACCUUUUUGAUGCCAUCUUGGAUGCUGUUUACGCUGCCCUGGAGAAAGCUGGUGGGGGUUCUUUGGAGAUUGUUGUAUCGGAGAGUGGAUGGCCUUCAGCUGGAGGUAGGAAACGAGGAGCAACAAAUAUUGAUAAUGCAAGAACUUAUAACCAGAACUUGAUCCAGCAUGUAAAAGGAGGGACGCCAAAGAAGCCUGGAAAGCCUAUAGAAGCCUAUAUUUUUGCCAUGUUUGAUGAGAAUAACAAACAGGGUGAAGAAAUCGAAAGACACUGGGGACUCUUUCUACCAAAUAAGCAGCCCAAAUACCCAAUCAACUUUAACUAAAGAGAUGCUGAAAAUCUGUAGGAGAAGGGUUUUCAGCCAUGUUAUUGUAUUUUGCCAAAUAAGAGCAUAGCGCUUGUCCCUGCUAAAAGACGACAAAGAAUGAAUCUACCUGUUAUUGUUAGAAAUUUUCGAAAUAAUAAAACUCGUGUGACUUAUAUGUGAUGGUGG